AUGACCGUGCCCCAGCCUGGUUCAGCAGAGAGGGCCUCUCAAAAGAUAGAUAUUGCCCAGGUCUCCCUGAGUCUGCAGGACCGUCUGGGUCUAGCAAAACUUAAGUAUGAACAUGGCCAGCUGCAAGGCCUGAACUUGACCUUGCAGAAGCCCGAUGCCGCUGUUGUCGACACCGACAAGCCUUCCGAUUCAUCCUCCAACGUCUCUCGCAGCCGCUGCGAGACUCCAAUAACCUCACCUCCUGCCUUUGGUCAAGGCUCGACCUAUUCCAACGAGCUGCCUCGAUCCGCCCGAAACAAGCAUGCAGUCACCUUUGACUCCAAUGCCAUGCAGCCCAUGCUGUCUGCAAGUCGCAAGCGCCUCCGGGCAGACUCUGGCUCUGAACGUCCAACUAAGGCACCUCGAGUUUCAUGGAAGAGCUCCCACCAAUUACCACAAUCCUCCCCGGCUGUCAACCGUCACACGACCUACCGCCGCAUCCAAGCCCCCUUUAUGUCCGAAGCGCCAAUUCCCGAGCUAUCGUCUCCGGUUUACCGGGGUGCAGUGAUCGAUGAAGACAAUGACCCCGAUCUUCCCCUACAUAGCUUUCGAGGCUUGAGCUCCAUGCAUGUACGUUUGGCUCGGCCAGAUCGACCCACCGAAAAUGAGGACGACGCAGACCUCCUUCUCUACCUCGCCAACUCGCCCACUCCAGCUCGUGUGGCAAGUGGCUCUCAUGCACACCUCGUUCCGCCCUCCACUCCUCCUAGCCAGCACGGUGGCUUGUUACAAAUGACGCCCGGCCUAGGCACUCCAGGUCAGCAAUUCAAUUUUGCUGAUUUUGUGAAUGUGACUCCCAGUCCAGCGCAGCCUGGCUGGAACAGCCGGACGCCUGGCAAUCCUUCUCGCACACCGCUUACUGCGACCCGCAAGCGCCUCAACUUUGAUAACCUGGUUCCUCCAAGCAGCUCGCCUCAUAUCCGCGUAAAGGAGGAGGGACUGGCUUUGCAACUGGGCGGGGAAUUGCGUCCCUGA